AUGCUUUCACUUUUCAUCAUCAUUGCGAUGUUGUUUGCUUUCUCUGGCGGCUAUCCUUCCGAGGAGAAAUUAAAAAUUCGCAUACAUGUACCCGUCAAGCACCAUACACACGUACACACCAAAACCAUCAUAAAGAAAGUGCCGCUGCCAAUACCGGUGCCGGUAAAGGAACCCGAGCCGAUGAAAGAGCAUCAUCAUCAUUACUAUGAAGAGGAGAUGGAGGACGAAAGUGAAGGUUAUGAUUAUCCGAAGAAAAAGCGAAAAACACGGCAUCCCUUUAUGUGA